CCGUGGAUUCGCGUGACGUAACCCCGGUAUACGCCAUCGCCGUAGCCUCCUCGCCGAUUCGUGGUCGUUUAGGGAUUGGCGUCGAUGUGUUGGUUCGCUCGGCAACCAACCAGCCAUCCACCUACCUACCUACCUACCUAGCUACCUCUUUCCCCACCCCCUUGCCCCUCGAUCCGUACCAUCCCCCCGUGGACCUGCCACCGGACCAUGUCGACCGUAUCGGGGAACGACCCAUGAUUCUCCGUGAUGUGGCUACGGACAGGAGAGAUAGCUGCUCCGGCAGCCAGUCGGGCAACAACCCCUAUAUGCGCAUACACGGACGAACAGAGGCACGUACACACGCGCAUACAUAUAUACAUGUACACACUCGUGCAUACACACUCCUAUAUAUACACACGUAGACGCGGACACGGACACGAGAUCGCGAGUACGCCCUUCCCGACGAGAGAGAGAUGAGUAGGUACGUCGAGGCUCGAAGCCACCCCGUCACGGAGAAUGCUUCGGGACUUCGCGCGACCUCGUCGGCGCCGCGUCGGGACCACGAGCUCGGCUGUCCGUCUGGCGAUGCUCGACUUUUAAUCAGCUGCGAAGGAGAUGGGCACAGGAGACAGAUUGCUCGAUAUACUGUGUGAUGUAUGCGGUGACCGUAGUUCUGGGAAACACUACGGCAUCUAUAGUUGCGACGGUUGUUCGGGAUUUUUCAAACGAAGUAUACACAGUAAUCGAGAAUAUAUCUGCAAAGCCCAAGGAGCCAAGAAAGGACGCUGUCCCAUCGACAAAACCCAUAGGAAUCAAUGUCGUGCUUGCCGUCUCGCUAAGUGUUUUGAAGCUAACAUGAACAAGGACGUACAACAUGAACGCGGACCGAGGAAACCGAAGCCCCAUUCGAUUAUCUCGGAGAAGCAACAUCAGCAACAAUCGUCGAUUGUCACACAAUUGUCCCCUCAUUCUGGAGGUCCGGUGCACAAUGAUCGAUUAAGACCAGCACUCGCUCCUCCGUACGUCCUAUCACCACACAGAAGGUUAAGGUGCGACCAAAGAUUCACGCCUUACCCACGACCGAUGGCGCUGGUACAGAAACCGCCGGAGGAAUCACCAUCCCCCGUACCGCUGGUCUUACCGCACCCUCGCACGACCACGACUCUCUAUCAGGCGGCCACGACUGUCUCCUUGGCGUCGCAACCUUCUCUCCUGCAGAUAUUAAUGUCCGCCGAGGAAUGUCAGGAGUUGGUUUGGAACGCACGACUGCAACCCACGACAGAGUAUCCGAUAGAGCAGAUGGAAACGGAAACGAGUCACAGUCCGACGGGCACGGUACAGAGUCUUAGUCCGACCUGGGAGAUGCUGCAGGAAACAACGGCUCGGCUGUUAUUCAUGGCUGUUAGAUGGGUGCGAUGUUUACCACCCUUCCAAACGAUAUCAAAAGAUGAUCAGUUGCUGCUGCUGGAACGAUCCUGGACGCAACUGUUUCUCUUGCAUUUAGCACAAUGGUCUAUCUCUUGGGACAUCACCGCGCUUCUCGAAGACGAACAAGUGCGCAGCAGGCUUCCCGCGGACGAUAAUCCGACGAAUCAGGAACUCGUUCUUAUUCAGGCAAUAAUAUGCCGAUUCAGGCAACUGUCCCCCGAUUUCGGCGAAUGCGGCUGCAUGAAGGCAGUGGCUUUGUUUACGCCAGAGACAGUGGGGCUGCAUGCGGUUCAGCCCAUUGAAAUACUGCAAGAUCAGGCGCAACGUAUCCUGGUGGAUUACACGAGAUCACGGUAUCCGCAGCAACCGGGCAGAAUUGGGAGGCUAAUGAUACUGGUUGGAUACCUCAGGUGUGUCUCCUCCAAGACCGUUGAGCGUCUGUUUUUUCAUGAAACCAUCGGGGAAAUACCGAUUUCGCGAUUGCUAGUCGAUAUGUACCAGAUGGAAAAAUACAUCAACUAAGGCGCAUUUGCAUCUCACCUCGCG